AUGAGCCACGUAGCUUGGGUGACUGCCUCUGUUGCGGUCCCAAACAGACUACACCUCCUUGUGGCUGCAUUUUUCUGUCUUUUCAUUCUUCUUCUUCUGCUUGCCCUCAAACGCCCGAAAUACGUCGUUUCAGAGCAGCUUCCCCUCAUCAACAGGCGUUUCGAUUGGGAGCCUAGGUUGUUCGCACGGCUUCGCUGGGCGCUAUUUGCUCGUGAGAUCCUCGAAGUGGGAUACAGGAAGUCCGGGGGAAAGCCUUACCAGCUGGAGCGCGGCGAUGCCGACUACGUGGUACUUCCGGCAAGCUUCAUCCCUGAGUUGAACCGUCUACCUGUAGACGUCCUCAAUACGAGAAAACACCACAGUUCUAGUCUCCUCGGUCACUUGACAGGCAUGCACGUUAUUCUCAAGACGAGUUACCAUGUGAAAACGCUUUUAGGCCGGAUUAGCCCUACAAUCAAUGGGGCCACACUGCCAAUGGCCGAGCGCAUGACGGCGAGACUAAAUCGCUUGUUUCCCCAGGAGCCUGGUUCGUGGGUAUCUAUAGACCCUGUUGAUGCACUCGUACGCUGCAUUAGUGAAUGUUUAGCAUUUACAUUGUUUGGGCCGCCAAUUUGCGAUGACCCUGAACUUGUAAAGGUCUGUCAUGAGCAUACUAAGAAUGUCUUCACUAUCGCGUUCUGUAUGCGUAUCGUGCCCUCAUUUCUCCAACCCAUGCUCGUCUGGUUGCUUCCUGCCAAGUGGCGUCUCGUUAGCGGCUGGAAAACCUGGGAUCGCAUCGUGAUCCCUGAAGUGCGCCGUCGACUGCAAGAAAAGGACUUCGAUCCCUCCAAGCGAGGUGACCUGAUCUCCUGGAUGUUGCACGAUGCCAAAACCCCUAUUGAGCGCAACGAGCACGUCUUAUGUCAUCUCUGCGCCGCCGUUAUCGCAGGUGGAACAUAUAGCACGGCGAAUCUCGCGUCUGAAGCUCUGGUAGACCUUAUGGCGAAUCCCGAUAUUUUGAAGGAGGUACGCGAAGAGAUCAAACAGAAGCAUUCAAAUGUAGGCGGACAGUGGGAUCUAGCCGCGCUAGACAGACUUUACAAGCUAGAUUCGGUACUGAAAGAAACCUCCCGGCUCGCACCAGGCGCUGCGCUCGUGUACCAGCGUGUCGUACAGAGGGACGUCCAGUUGAGUUGCGGCAUCCAGCUAAAGCGCGGACAGUUCAUCGCACUAGCCUCGCAGGAGGGUAUUAUGGCCUAUAUCGCGAAUCAAGGCGCACCGGGACAUAUCCCAAACACAUACGAUGGCAUGCGAUUCUACAAUGACGAUCUCGAGCGUCAUAAGGCGACGCCGUUUAGUGGAAUAUCCGGAAAUAUACUUACAUGGGGCUCCGGGCGCUGGGCGUGCCCGGGGCGGAUAGUGGCGAAUAUGAUGAUUAAGGUGUUAAUGGUGGAACUGCUAGAUAAGUAUGAGUUCGAGUUCAUAAGGGGUAAGAAACCAGGGGUAAUUCGCAUUCACGAGUUCCUAAUGCUAAAUCCGACGGCAAAGAUCAGGGUGUGUAGGAGGGAGAAGCCACUUUGCGGGGUGGUGAUGGCGCCUAAAUAG